GUAUUACAUCAAUUCCUCAACUUCCUCAAUCCUCUCGUCUUCUUCCUGGCCCCUAAUUUCUCCUCUACUUGACGAAAUGGCAAAUCUUGGAGUUAUUGCAUUGGCAUUUCUAGCUAGUACUUGUUUACUUGUCCAUGUCGAUGCAUUUGUGGCUUCAGGAUGGUCAAGAGCGCAUGCUACUUUUUAUGGAGGUAGCGAUGCUUCAGGAACAAUGGGUGGUGCUUGUGGUUAUGGUAACUUGUACUCAACUGGAUAUGGAACUCGGACUGCUGCUCUGAGCACUGCCCUUUUUAAUGAUGGAGCAUCAUGCGGACAAUGUUAUAAGAUAAUAUGUGACUAUAAAGCAAGCCCGCAGUGGUGUAUUAGAGGAAGAUCUGUUACUAUUACGGCUACAAACUUCUGCCCUCCAAACUAUGCAUUGCCUAAUAAUGACGGAGGCUGGUGCAAUCCUCCACUCAAGCAUUUUGAUAUGGCUCAACCCGCUUGGGAAAAGAUUGGUAUCUUUCGAGGUGGAAUUGUUCCAGUGAUUUACCAAAGGGUCCCGUGUGUUAAGCGUGGUGGAGUUAGAUUUACCAUCAAUGGGAGGGACUACUUUGAGCUUGUUUUAAUAAGCAAUGUUGGCGGAGCUGGAUCAAUCAAAUCAGUGCAGAUUAAGGGUACAAGAACAAAGUGGAUGUCAAUGUCUAGAAAUUGGGGAGCAAACUGGCAGUCCAAUGCAUACCUCAAUGGCCAAGCUUUGUCUUUCAGAGUCACCACUACUGAUGGAGUGACCAAGACGUUUUACAAUGUCGUGUCAUCUGGUUGGCGAUUUGGUCAGACAUUUUCAAGCACCGUUAAAUUUUAAGGUCAAGGUGGUUAAAGAGUUCAGGGUUUCAGAGGCAGGGGCGUGCUUACUAUUUUAUUUAAGCAGCCCGCUAGCUUUUGUACUUCUUGUACAGAAAAUACCAGGUCUGAGGCCAGGUCAGGAUGUCUUGACUGCCCAUGAACUCGAGCCUGAAGUUCUUGUUAUAAUUCUGAACUAGGACGGUGAGAAAUCUAGGAAAAAUCUCAGCCAGAAGUACUGAAGUUACUAUGUAUAUCAACUCCUUCCACUGUUUAUAUCUUGGAAAUUCAUUCUCAUAAAUAAGAAGCACUAUUGUGCUUCAUAUAUUGGAGUAUAAUUGCAUUCUAUCCAGCUUCUCCCUGAUGCCUUGUGUAAGAAGAACAUGUGAUAGAUAUAUACCUGUUUGAUUGAUUUAAAUAUAUCUGAUAAGUUGAGCUGUUAACCCUCCAGUUUGUGGAAUCAUAA